AUGGUCAUCAUGAUUGCCGGCACCAGCUGGGUGCGACGUGGGAUCGCAAAGCAGCAACCCGACAACAUCAAACUAGAUCCGCAGACCCUGAAAAAGAUGCUGGAAGACGAGGCCGAGGUUCCGGAGUCGACAGACAUGGGCGAAGAUUCGGAUGACGACACGCAAGAAAGCGCAAAAGAGCCGAAGGCCGCUGAAAAACCCCAGGGAAUUCGCGGAUCAGCGCCCGUUGAGGUGCCCGAUGAUGGUGAUCAGGACAUGGACACGGAACGGCUGCUUGAAGAUUACGAUAAACCAGAGGAAGAGAAGCGAGAUAGCGGCAUGAAAGGCGUGGCAGUAUUCGCGAGCAAUAUGGACGAUCCCUAUAUCACGACGCAUGAGGACCCCGAAGAAGAAGAAGAAAAAGAGGAUUUCGAGCUAAAGCCCGACGAUAAUCUGGUGGCCGUGGCUAAAAUUGACGGGGAUGCCUACUCUCUGGAAGUUUAUGUCUACAAUGAAACAAACGAUGAUUGGUAUGUGCACCAUGACUACAUCCUAACGGCACCUCCGCUCUGCUUGGAAGCUAUUAAUUAUGACCCUGGAAAUGACGAUUCGCCAACAUCAAAGGGAAACUUGAUGGCUGUUGGUACGAUGGAGUCGUCGAUUAGCAUUUGGGACCUGGAUAUCGUCAAUGCAAUGGAUCCGGUGGUGACGCUUGGCAAGGUCAAAAAAAUUGGACGCAAGAAGCGGGACGGCACUGCGCAAGGGCAUAGUGACGCUGUUUUGGACCUGAGUUGGAACCGUUUGACACCUCACGUGCUUGCCUCCGCUGGAGCCGACAAGACGGUCGUACUUUGGGAUUUGGACCAAGCAAAGGCCGCGCAAAUUGUCCCGGAUUUUGACCGUGAAGUACAAGUGGUCCGUUGGCAUCCGGCUGAGCCCACAAUCUUUGCUGCUGGAACGCUGGGUGGGCACGUGUACGUCUGCGAUUGUCGAAGCGUCGAGGUAGCUCGUCCGGCCGAAUGGCAGCUCGGUGCACAGAUCGAAAAGGCUAUCUGGGACCACUUCAAUCCUUUCGCUAUUGUCGCUGCGACCGAAGACGGCAAAAUACGAUACCUGGACACCCGGAAUACAUCUACGCCGGUGUGGAGCGUGGAUGCGCAUCAGGGAGCUUGUAAUGGAAUCGCCCUUUCACCCCUCACAAGGGGACUUCUUGCAAGUGUUGGAGAGGAUCGGCAGCUGAUCGUUUGGAAAAUGGGCGAUGGACAGCCGACAAUGGUGAACAAGGAAGAUUCGUCUCUGGGGCCACUACACUCUGUCUCGUUCUGCCCGGAUUCGGCCUCCGUCGUUUCGGUGGGUGGAGAGCUAAACGAUCUGCUUCGAAUCGUUGACCUGAGGCAUUUUGAGGCCGUUGUGGAGGCUUUUCAG